GGCCCAAUUGGCCCACAUCCACUUCUCUCUAUCUCCCCCUCAACAGAACCAUUUUUUCAUUUCCAUUUUCAUUUUCAUUUCACCCACAAGCACCACCACCACCACCUCUUUCUUUUUCUUCUUCGUCAACCCCUAAUCUCUCUUAUUCUAUAUCUGCUAGCCAUGGCGGACAAGGGUCGUCCCUUGCCAAAGUUUGGUGAAUGGGAUGUUAAUGACCCAGCAUCUGCUGAGGGAUUCACAGUUAUCUUUAACAAGGCUAGGAAUGAGAAAAAGACAGGUGGAAAGCCUGAUUCGCCAGCAAAGGACAACUCUGGAUACAAGCCUGGCACUACUACUCUCGGGAAGCCUCAGUCUGGAGGAAAUGGAGAAAGAAGGAAAACUGUUCCAUGCUUGCCUGCACUUCUGCAUUGAAUUUUUGCCCCUAAUCUUAAACGUCAUUAGAAAAAGUGGUUUUGUUGCAUACAAUCUGCUCCUGCAGAAUAAUGAGGUGGCUCUUGUCCAGUAAGAGCGCUCACGGGAGAGUAUCGUUUAUCUACAGCUGGCCCUAGCUUAUAAUCCAGAAGACUGGAAUUGUAUUCAGAGGCUAUGAUGGGUCCUGCUGGAAUCUAUUUAGCUUUGUGAUCAUGUGGGCUUGGGGAAGAAUGUGAUGAAAGAACAUUAUGGUUUACUAUAUAUAUAUACUGGUGGGUUAUUAUUGAGCUUUCUAGUUAUUUUCUAGUUAUGACAUUUUUUCUUCUAUUUAUUUUCUUUUCUAGAGUGAUGUGAUUUUCUUGUGUAUUUGUUUGCUUAUACAUAAUGAAGCUCUCCUCUUUUCUUA